AUGGAUACCCCUGUUUGUUAUUUCUGCAAAGAGAUUGGGAACUCCCUUAAACGGUGUAAGUCGGCCCCUGUUCUGUGUUCGACUUGCAAGUCCACUACUCAUUUACCCGAAACUUGCCUGAGAUCUCUUACUAAGUCUAAGAAGAAGAAGAGCUCUGCUCAGCUUGAUCCCCCGAUUCUGCAAGCUGGUUCAUCCCAGUCUUCUAAACACUCCAAGCUUGCCCCUGCCAUGCCUAUUUAUGAGCCCAAGAGCUCUGGUGUGCUGAAACUUAUGGAGCCAGUUAUUCACGCGGACUCGGGAGCUGCUCCUUUGAAAACUUCUGGUGGUGAUCUUAGUAGCAAAAACCACUUGCAUCCCAACAUUCGUCCCCCGUUAACAAGAGCUCAAAGGAUAAGGAGAUUGCUGCUGAAUCAGAUAUUGAGCGUUCAGGUUUCCAUUGUCGCCAAGUCUCUCCAAAUGGUCACCUAUGAGGUUGUCAUGCCGGGUUCUCAGAAGCCGAUUAUUGUUUCUUUUGUUUAUGCCUCCAACAUGGAAGCUCUUCGUCGCUGCCUGUGGGAUGAAAUUGUUGCUAUGGCCUCUCAUCAAUCUGUGUUAGGCAAAGCUUGGUUAGUUCUUGGUAAUUUUAAUCAGGCUCUUCAACCUUCUGAUCAUUAUCUUCCGCAGAGUUUGAAUUUUGACCUGUCUAUUAGUCUAUUCCAGCACUCUCUUGUCCAAGCUUCUCUGUCUGAUCUUACUUAUCGUGGUAACUCAUUUACAUGGUGGAACAAGAGAGUGUCGGAUCCCAUUGCCAAAAAGAUUGACAAAAUCUUGGUUAAUGAUGAGUGGCAAAACCAAUUCUCCUUAUCUUAUGGUCUCUUUGGAGAACCUAGCUUCUCUGAUCACGCCUCUACUGCUAUCAUCAUCAGUUCUUCUGCAACCAGGAAAAAGAGACCUUUUAAAUUUUUUAAUCUCCUCCUGCAGAAUGAAGCUUUUGUCCCUUAUCCGUCAAACAUGCUUAAGACGCUGAAGAAACCUAUCAGAGAUUUCAGCCGGGAGAAUUAUUCAAACAUCGAGAAAAGAGUUGAGGAAGCUCACAACUAUCUCCUUGCUACCCAGCGGCAAGUUCUGGCAAAUCCUUUUCCUUAUUGGGCUGAGCAAGAGUCAGCCGUGCACAACAAAUGGCAAGAGCUGGGUAACAAAAUUGCUGAUCAAGCUGCCAUGCUCGAGCAUUGUGUUGACUAUUUCAAGGGCCUAUUGGGGAUGAAGUUGAGCCACCUCUGUUCUGGCAGGAUGAUUUAUCUACUCUCCUUAACUUCUCUUGUUCCCAGGAAAACGCCAACCCCCUUGUCUUUGGAGUUCUCUCUUUCGGAAAUCAAAGAAGCUUUCUUCAGCCUCCCGCGUAACAAGUGCAGUGGCCCAAAUGGUUUUUCAGCGGAAUUUUUUACAGGCUGUUGGGAUGUUAUUGGUGCAGAAGUCUCUGCUGCUGUCAGUGAAUUCUUCUCUACCGGUCAGAUGCUAAAAAAAUGGAACGCCACUGUGCUGGUUCUGAUCCCAAAAAUACUGAAUGCCUCUAAGACUUCGGAUUUCAGACCCAUCGCGUUGCUCAAUACCGUUUACAAGGUUGUUUCUAAGAUUUUAGCGGGCAGACUUAAGAAGAUUCUCAUAUCGGUUAUCGAAAAUGAUCAGUCUGCUUUCAUGCUAGCAUCUUUCUCGAUCUCUGUCAACGGGAUCACAGGGGGUUUCUUCAAGAGCUCCAAGGGGCUGCGACAGAGAGACUCUCUGUCGCCAUAUCUUUUCGUCCUUGCCAUGGAAGUUUUCUCAAGGUUACUGGAAUCUCGAUUCUUAUCCGAUUAUAUCGUCUUUCACCCCAAAACUGAUGAGCUUUACAUCUCCCAUUUGAUGUUUGCGGAUGAUGUCAUGAUAUUCUUUGAUGGCAGUUCCAACUCUCUUCAUGGCAUUACAGAAACUCUUGAAGACUUUGUUGGCUGGUCGGAAUUGAAGAUGAACUAA